CCCGCUGAAAGACAUCACCACCGGCUGAACUCAACACCGCAGUCCGGCCGCACACCGCACACAGGGAUCAUCAUCGUCACCAUCCAGCUCCCUGCUCCUCCCAGCUCCUCAACAAGUGUCAGCCUCUGAGAGCCAGCAUGCGCCUCCUGUGGGUCCUCCCUCUGUUGGUGGAGGCCCAGAACAAGUCCUUUCUGCACCGCUGUGCCCUCGGCUGCGACUGCCAGGAGGAACUGAAGCAGGCCAACUGCGCCCGGGGCCUCCUCCGACACCUGCCCGGCCCGCUGCCCCCCCUCACCGAGCACCUGGACCUGUCCCAGAACCAGCUGAGCCACCUCCCCCGGCGGGCCUUCCUGAGCACGCGGCGCCUCAAGACGCUGCUGCUCAACGACAACAACAUCAGCAGCGUGGCCGACGGCGCCUUCUCGCCGCUGGAGAGCCUGCUGAAGCUGGACCUGAGCCGCAACCGCGUGGCCGCGCUGGGCGCCGGCUUCACCCUGGGCCUGGGGUCCCUGCGCGAGCUGGCGCUGGCCGAGAACCGGCUGACCGCCCUGCGCAGCCACGGCUUCCAGCACCUGGACGGCCUGCUGCGCCUCAACCUGAGCCACAACGCCAUCGGCCAGGUGCAGGUGCGCGCGUUCGGCUGCAUGAGCACGCUGCGCCAGCUGGACCUGGAGGGCAACCGUCUCCGGGCGCUGGGCAGCGGCGUCUUCACCAUGCUCAAGUCCCUGGAGGUGCUGCGUCUCCAGGGCAACAACAUCAGCCACAUCGACAUCGGCGUGUUCACGCCGCUCACUAGCCUGGCGCUACUGAACCUGGCGUGUAAUCAGCUGAGCAAGAUCCACUUCAAGACCUUCCUGAGCUUGCACACCUACAGCACACACAUCCUGCUGGAGGACAACCCCUGGCACUGCGACUGCGACCUCCAGAGAGUGUUCCGGAAGCUGGGCAGCGUCCGCCGGCUCUUCCUGGACGACUACUCCAACCUCAGCUGCGCCGAGCCUCCCGAGCUUCGCGGCUACCAGCUGAUGGAGGUUGACGCCGAGCUCUGCAUCGCCGAGACUGUCACAGUCCUCAUCAUCACUGUUACCGUGUUGAUCACCGUGGUAGCGGCUAUCCUCAUGGCGGAGAGGAAGAGGAAGAGCCGGAAAAAGGAGAAACACUGGACAGAUGGGGCUAGCCAGAUGUCCUAUGACUCUUAGACCAACAUGGACCCCUUUAAACAGAAGCACUCGUGUCUGUCCAGUGAUCCCCAACAAUUAACAUAAACACUGCCAUAGCCUUCAGUUUGUACUCUGUACAAAGACUAAGUAGCCUACAUGUUCUAAGACUCUGUCAUUCUGAACUACUGGGACCAAAAUUGACAAACAUGUCUUCAAUGUAACUUUUUUCCUGUACGCUUUUUGUAUUCUGGGAACUCUGCAUACUGGGAUAGUAGGCCUAUCAUCAAAUGUUUUAUAUGGCAUAAUAGAUCAUCAAGAAAUUCCCUUGAUAAUAAAAUGUAUUUUCCAUUCAACAAAAUAGCCUAACCUAGACACAACAGUCCUGUAACUGAUAAGAAUGUGUAGAUGGUCAUCGCAGACAGGAAAGAACUGCCGAAUACAAGCCACUUAUUGCUGCAGCCUUGAGAGCAGUAGCCUACUGAAGUGUGUAGGCUACAAUUCGGAUAAAUGUUAGUGGAUUAUAAAAACUGUAGCCUAAGUGUUCUCUUACAAUUUAGCUAUAUCUGACAUCAUAAAUUGGUUUUA